AUGGCGCAGGCGGUGGCAUCGAUGGCCGGCUUACGCGGCUCCUCGCAGGGAGUGCUCGAAGGGAGCCUCCAGAUAGGAGGACCCGCCAGGCUCGGCGGCGGCCGGGUGGCGGCGCCGCGGCAGGUUUUGCCGGUGGUGAGGGCGUCGGCGGAGGCGGAGACGAGCGCGGCGGCGGCGCAGACCGGCCGGCGGGCGGCGAUGGGGCUGGUGGCGGCGGGACUCGCUGGGGGAUCCUUCGUGAAGGCCGUGCUGGCGGAAGCUAGGGCGAUCAAGAUCGGUCCUCCUCCACCGCCCUCCGGCGGACUGCGUGAGUCUCCCUCCCUUCCUAGCUUCGUCAAACUCUCUCGAGAUUUUCCACAGAGUUCAUUCAAUCAAUCCGACGAAUCAUUCUCCGGUUUUCCUCGGCUGAGUUCGGCUCGGCGGAGAUUCCGGAGUCUCAGGGGAUGAUGAUUAAUGCCGACGGCCGAGUUCCUGGAGGUUGAUCAUCGGCAAUCAUCUGGAUCUGAACUUCUCCAUUCAGGAAUCAUCGAUUUCAUCGAUCUGGAUAACUCAUCUGAAUAUCUCUGAAGAAGAUCUGUUUGAAUUCGUUUUCUUGGGACGAUCUCUCUUGAAAAAAGCGACGAUUCAUCUGCGCGAUUUGAACUGACCUCGUCGGCUCUCCAUCCUCCUCCUCUUCUGCUUCUUAUUCUGCUAACAGCCGGAACUAAGAACUCCGACGAGGCCAGAGAUUUCGAGCUGCCGCUGAAGAACCGCUUCUACCUCCAGCCGCUUCCCCCCGCGGAAGCGGCUCUGAGAGCCAAGGAGUCCGCCAAGGAGAUUCUCAACGUGAAGGUGCUCAUCGAUAAGAAGGCCUGGCCGUACGUCCAGAACGACCUCCGCCUCAGGGCCGGCUACCUCCGCUACGAUCUGAACACCGUCAUCGCCGCCAAGUCCAAGGAGGAGAAGAAGGCCCUCUCCGCGCUCACCGACGCCCUCUUCUCCAAGAUCGAUGACGUAAGUACAAGUCCAUCUCCCUCCAGUUCAGGAUCGAAUACCGCAAGUGCCUCGCCAUGACACAUUUCCUCUCUCGAUCUCUCCUUCUCUUCCUCUUCCUGUUCUUCCUGGAUCUGCCAACAGCUGGAUCAUGCCGCCAAGGUCAAGAGCUCCCAGCAGGCGGAGAAGUACUACGCGGAGACCAAGUCCGCCCUCGACGACGUCCUCUCCAAGCUAGGGUAG